AUGAAGCAGCAUGCAGAUCAAAAACGAUCAGAGAGGUUUUUUGUUAUUGGGGAUAUGGUUUACCUGAAAUUACAGUCGUACCAGAAAACUUCACUUACCCUACGAAAAAACCUGAAAUUGGCAACCAAAUUUUAUGGGCUAUACAAAAUUCUGGAAAAAAUAGGAGCAGUGGCUUAUCGAUUGGACUUACCAGAAUCAUCGCGACUGCACCCACUAUUCCAUGUGAGCCUCUUGAAGAAAUUCAUUGGGGAAUCAUCCACUUCAGCAACAUAUCCUCCUGCAGUAGAUGAAGAAGGACAGCUGAGAAGGUUGUUGCUGAGGAGGAGGACCAUGGUUAAGGGUUCAUGUGAGGCAAGGGACCAAGAGGUGAGCGCGUCAUUAUUGGGGUCGUCAUUUUCGACGUGUGAGAAACUCAAGGGCUCGCCAGCAGGAGGCAAAAAGUCUUCGAAUGAAAUGGUGGAUAAUGGUAUUUUACUUGAUGUUUUCACGUAUGGUAUAUUGAUCGAUUCACAUUGCAAGCAAGGGAUGAUUCCCAAAGCUAUAGAUAUGGUUGGCACAAUGAGAAAGCAAGGCAUUGAGCCUGAUGUUGUCACAAAUUCUGCAUUGAUCGAUGCACAUUGCAAGGAAGGGAUGGCUGCUAAAGCUGAGCAAAUUAUUGACAAAAUGAUAAAGCGAGGCAUUGAGCCUGAUGUCUUUAUCUACACUGCAUUAAUAAAAUAG